UCCCGUCGUGUUCCGGAUGGUGAAGACAAGAAACUACGAAAAGUAACUGCCUAACAAAAAAAUGUCUACCGUUAGCAGUUAAUCUCAAAAACUCAGCUGUACGGGUUCCUAACUUAGUGAGAGGGAAUGCAUCAAUGUGUACUUUAUUGCCAUUUUGAGUUAUAAUGGCGGGAUUAGAAGAGUUCAGGAAGAAGCUAGCACCUUUGUUCGAUGCUGAGAAGGGCUUCUCAGCUGGAUCAACACUUGAUCCUUGUGAUUCUUACAUGCUGUCAGAUAGUGGAACUGUCAACUUACUGAGUAGAUCAUAUGGAGUGUACAACAUCAACGAGCUUGGAUUGCAAAAAUGCACAUCUUCACCUGUGGAUGAAUCAGAUCAAGGAGAAAAGACAUAUCGGUGUGCGUCUCAUGAGAUGAGGAUAUUUGGGGCAAUAGGUAGUGGUGCAAGCAGUGUUGUUCAGAGAGCUAUGCAUAUUCCAUCUCAUAGAAUUCUUGCCUUGAAGAAAAUUAAUAUAUUUGAGAAGGAGAAAAGACAACAGCUUCUGACAGAAAUAAGGACCCUUUGUGAGGCACCUUGUUCUGAGGGUCUUGUUGAAUUCCAUGGAGCUUUCUAUACCCCAGACUCAGGGCAAAUAAGCAUAGCUUUGGAAUACAUGGAUGGAGGGUCACUGGCAGAUAUCUUAAGAUUACAGAAAAGUAUACCAGAACCUGUUCUUUCAUCUAUGUUUCAGAAGCUCCUGCAGGGGCUAAGCUACUUGCAUGGAGUUAGGCAUUUGGUUCACAGAGACAUCAAGCCUGCAAAUCUGCUUGUAAAUCUGAAGGGGGAGCCAAAAAUAACAGAUUUCGGCAUAAGUGCUGGCCUAGAUAAUUCAAUGGCAAUGUGUGCUACCUUUGUUGGGACUGUUACAUACAUGUCACCUGAGCGAAUCCGAAAUGAGAGCUAUUCUUAUCCUGCUGACAUAUGGAGCCUUGGUCUUGCUCUCUUUGAGUGCGGCACUGGAGAAUUUCCAUAUACAGCUAAUGAAGGACCGGUUAAUCUCAUGCUGCAGAUCUUGGAUGAUCCAUCACCAUCACCACCAGAACACAAAUUUUCACCAGAGUUCUGCUCAUUUAUUGAUGCUUGCCUGCAGAAGGAUGCAGAUGCCAGGCCAACAGCUGAACAGCUUCUUUCCCACCCGUUUAUUAAAAAGCACGAGCACACUAGAGUAGACUUAGCAGCAUUUGUUCGAAGUGUGUUUGAUCCAACUCAAAGGCUGAAAGAUUUGGCUGAUAUGCUGACUAUACACUAUUACUUACUAUUCGAUGGACCUGACGAAACCUGGCAUCAUACAAGGACCCUAUACAAUGAAGAUUCAACUUUUAGUUUCUCAGGGAAAAAAUUUGUUGGUCCAAAUGAUAUCCAUGCAAAAUUGUCCAAUAUCCGGAGUACAUUAUUAGGUGACUGGCCCCCUGAAAAGCUUGUGCAUGUUGUAGAAAAACUUCAAUGUCGUGCUCAUGGUCAAGAUGGAGUUGCAAUCCGUGUUUCGGGAUCCCUGAUCAUCGGCAAUCAGUUUCUUAUCUGUGGGGACGGCUUACAAGUAGAGGGCAUGGCUAAUUUUAAAGAUCUUGCUAUCGAUAUUCCUAGUAAGCAAAUGGGUACUUUCCAGGAACAAUUUAUAAUGGAACCAGGAGAUCUCAUUGGCCGAUACUUCAUAGCUAAACAAGAGCUUUACAUUAUCCAAUAACUGAACUACAAGCAUGCUCUCUGAGAUUCUACAAGUUUUUCAGCACCUUCCUUCCAUUGUUGGCUCCCUGCUCAUGGAGUGCAACAUGGCUUGUGCCACUAGAAAUUGAUCAAGUGCAUGUGGUACUAUGUAUUUUGAAACAAAACCACAUGUUCUGAUGUUGUAACAUAUAAAAUUAUGGUUCUUGCCAUAAUUGUUAAUGUGAAUGAUAAUGAGAUCAAUUUAUGGAUUUAAAGCUAAUUAAUUGCUUCUUCUGUUUGUAUU